UACUGUAAUAAAAGUUAUGUGAAUAUGAUCUCUCUCCCAAAAUAUCUUAUCUUACUAAAGUCACCCUUCUUAUUAUGUGACCUGAUAAAAUGUCUACCUCAUGAGGUGAAUGAUGUAGGCAUCAUGACAUAAUGAUAGGCUACUAUUGACCUUCUCUGACCAUACGUGAGGAGGAGGAGCCUCUGCUUCUGAACCACAGUUGACUACUGAUAGCUGAAACCGUGAAGAAGGGGGCGGCUAUUGGAAUGAGUAUUUGUCACUGUGAUUGAAAAAAUUCAAAUAAUAUUAAUUCACUUAGAAGAUCAACUUUAUGAGGUCUGAUUUUAUUGUAUUUCAACAUAUUUUAAUAGAAGAAUGGAUUCAAGUAACCAUGGAGAAAAUGAAUGGUGAAAAACUGAAAUUUUAUUUCAGUUAAACAAGCGAUAAAUUUUCAUAAUAAAAUAAGAAGUACCUGAGAAAACAAGUGCAAGAUUGUGUCUUUGAAAAAGAUAAUUACAUCAAGUACAGCUUAAUAUUUUAAUUUCAAAGACUAUUGGUAACCUAAAUUGUUUUAAAAUCAGUGUUCUCAGUAUCAUGGUAGCCAUACAGCUUUCAUGGACUUUUGUGAAAAUUAAAAGGAAGUCUUGUUUAAAAUGGAGUUGGGAACACUUGCACCCUACCACACCGAUCAUCGUUUGCAGGCGGCACAGGAGGAGACACACCUUGCAAGGGGUAUCUACUUUGGCGGCGGCUGCUGCACAGCUGGAGGAAGGGAGGAAGCUUUCCGCCCCCUCCCCUCUCCCCACAGCUCGGCCAAUGGCAGCCGGUCACACUCAGCCACAGAGAAGCCACUACACUUCAGACUCCCAGUUUCCUCCAAUGGGCUUUUUAUUUAGAACAGCCCUCCCAGCUUCCACCUUUUCUCUAUAAAGGAGCAUUCCUCCUCUGGCCUCUGGAUUAGCCCAUGGUUUUGCCAUACCAAAUUGUGCUUGUACCAAAUUAACAUUCACUGCCAUUCCUGAAUAAACCAAUUUUUGCUAGUAAAAUAACUGACAGUUUUAUUUGUAAGGUUAACACUUCUCACGUUGGGCUACCACAGACAUGGGGCCACAGUGACCUGAGUAAAUGGAAUGCAGUGACUGGGAUGUCUUCAAGAAACAGAAAAAGAGAAAGCCAUUGCUUCCCAGCCAGAAGAAGAGAAAGUGAGAAGACUGACUUGACGUGCCCUUUUUGGGAAAACAAAAAGUUGGGAGAGGAAUGCAUUUUCGACUAUAAUCAAAUAGAAUGGUGGUGGGAUAUUUUGACAAUCUACUGAGCAGCUAAAAACAAGAGCAAUCAUUCAGAAAUGUGCACCCUAUUGCUUGGAACGUCAGAAGUAAUAUAUAGCCUUUAGGAUAUCACUCCACAAUUCUGAAUGCAAUUUUAUUUGAUGCAGAAAUAAACAGGUCUCUAUGUAUUUUUCAGGGUUUAGUUUAUUUUAUUGUAUUUCUAAAAUAAAGCAUGAAUCUCAGUCUUGGAGCUGAAUGUUUAAAAUUUAAUAUAUUUAGUGGUAUUCGCAACUCUCAUUUUUUUAAUGCGAAUUUUUGUUCACUCUAAAAGGGAUUUUCACAAUUGCCACUAUUAACUGUUAAUGUUGUUUUAACAUCUUUCAGAAAUAAUUGGUAAUAAGACCUCUGUAGCCAUGGCUAGUUCUGACGUGAAACCAAAAUCAGUAAGUCGUGCCAAAAAAUGGUCAGAAGAGAUAGAAAACCUGUACAGAUUUCAACAAGCAGGAUAUCGGGAUGAAAUUGAAUAUAAACAAGUGAAACAAGUCUCUAUGGUCGACCGUUGGCCAGAGACAGGAUAUGUGAAGAAACUCCAGAGAAGGGACAACACUUUCUAUUACUACAACAGGCAGAGGGAGUGUGAUGACAAAGAAGUCCACAAAGUGAAAAUCUAUGCUUACUAGCCUCUGUUCUUUGAAUUACUCACAUUAUCUUUUAAGAUCUAUUUCAUUCCACAUCCUGUGAAUGUUUGUCAUUUUACAGAAUAAUUCAAAAUGCAGACUUCACUGGAACGUUCUGAAACACAAAAGCUAUGAAACUUGGCAUCUGUUCGCAUUCUGUUUUCUUCUACAACAUAACUACAGAGGCAUUAAGGUUGUACUGACUUGGUCCUGUUCUUCCUGCUCUUUCAGCUGUGGCAGGAAACCACAGUGCACAGGUGGAAAUAGCCCCAUUUGGAACCAUCCCAGGGAUUAGGCUAGGUACACACCGGUUAGUGCUCGGGCCUCCAGCCCCCAGCCUUUACUACUGUACACAACCAUCGCUUCCAACUCACAGAUCUGCAUUUUGUGGCCCGGUGGCUUUCUCCUGCCUCUGGAGUCUGUCUCUUGCUGAGUAGCCUGGAAGUGCCAAUGGAUGCUGGCCCCUGGGAGCAGCCCUCAGCCAAUAACUGAUGGGGAGGAGGUGCCUCAGGAGGAAUCCAGCUGAGGUGUGCGCUGUACACUGGCACCCAGCGUUCCCCGAGAGGGAUUAAGCCUGUCACCACGAGCAGGAUCUGCCUGGAAAACACAUGCUGCUGGUUGCCUCCCUUCCUGGUCACUUACCCUACACCAGGGCUUCUUUCCUGAAUCACCUCCUUGUACUUACAGUCCUGUCCUGGGGCCAGUUUCUGGGUUCCCCAUACAGCCAACUUAGGUCCCCUGCUG